AUGGCGGACCUAAAGAAAGUCGUUCCCCUCGUUCUUCUCCUCCUCUUUGUCGCCAUCCUCGCUGCUGUGGGGUUCGCCGUCUAUAGCGUCCUCCAGGAUGUCAAGAAGAACACGCGCGCAGAGAUGGAGCGCAAAAAUGUUGUGCUUUCAAAGGAUGGAAUGAAGGUCAAUAUGAAGGAGAUCGACGACGAGAAUUAUAAAGAUCGAACUCAAAGCGUUCUCUAUAAUAUGUGGAACCACACCUCCUUCCCAGCAUACAAGAGUCGACUGUGGAAUAUGACGGGCACCUCAACCUCGAAGAGUGAAGGUGGUGCUGAAAAGCGCAGAUCGCGUUCGAAGUAA